GGGUCGGCAGUUGGCUUACUACUCAGAGGAGAAAAUCCGUUGUUGUGGAGAGGAAGAAGAAAGGCUCAAGAAAUUCGAGGAACGCUUAACGUACCAACCACGAGAGCUAACCCCAUUAUUUGUGGGUCGUUUUUUCCUCCAUCUUAUAUUCCCCCCUUUUUGUUUUGCCAACAUGGCUUGUGGAGCUACGUUAAAACGGUCGAUGGAGUUCGAGGCCCUCCUCAGUCCCCAGUCUCCCAAGCGGAGAAGGUGCAAUCCACUACCGGGGACUCCCAGCACUCCGUCCCCGCAAAGAUGCAACCUCCGUCCCCCAGUCGACAGCCCAACGCAUUCGAUGUCUCCCCCGGCCAUAGGAGGCGAACACAGGCUUACCCCAGAGCAGAUCUUCCAGAACCUGCGUCAGGAGUACAGCCGGAUCCAGAGGCGGCGGCAGCUGGAGGGAGCCUUCAACCAGACCGAGGCUUGUAGCUCCAGCGAUGCCCCCAGCCCCAGUUCUUCCCUCAACGCCCCCAGCUCCCCACCAGGUGCCUCAAGGAAGGACCAGCCCUCGUUUACACUGAAGCAGGUGAGCUACCUGUGUGAGCGGCUGCUGAAAGACCACGAGGAGAAGAUCCGGGAGGAGUAUGAACAGAUCCUUAACACAAAACUUGCAGAACAAUAUGAAUCUUUUGUGAAAUUCACACAAGACCAGAUCAUGCGAAGAUACGGCGCCCGGCCUGCUAGUUACGUCUCCUGAACUCACAUCGAUGAGAUUUCCGGCUUCCUCUCACAAGAUGGCUGCUCUUCUUCGGCCCCCUUCCACUUGAUUUUUAUUUUAUUUACCAAAUUUUUACCCCCACCCAUCCCCCCUACCCCCACAUCUAAACCUGUUUGGGUGCCAUGGUUUAUCCUCCUUUUAAUUCAAACUUUGAUUUCUUACUUAAAAACUGUUGCUGCUGGCCAAAAGCUAGAAGAAUCUGAAAGAUAUAAACUAUGUACGCAGCCCAACAUUUUUCCUUGUUGAUAUACUCUUUCUGGAAAUCCUGACUAAAGCAGAUCUGUGUCAAAUCUCUUGCCGGUGCUGUAGAAAAAGCUUAUUGGCUCGUGAUCAUUCUGUAUAACCUUCCAGCAGCUGUAUUUAAAGGCUCCUGCUUCUCACUUUGUCCCUCUUUUCUUACCCCUCCCUCCCCCUUCCCAUUCCUCCCUCCCUCCUCACAACUCUUUACCUGAGAAUGUGGAUUUUUCUCCCUUUUGAAAAAAAUAAAAGUUCUGUGAUUUAAA